GUAGUGGCGUUUAUGGAGGUGAUCUUGCAACAGUCGUUGGGUCUACCUUGGUCAUCGGAGAACUUCCCGAUCUGGGCGUCCCUUGUCGAGGGCUGUCUUCUACCGGUCGUUCUCCUUAUAUUCGACGACCAAUUCCCGGCCCGCAUCGCUCACAUCUACAAGCGACGCUCUCCAGCCGAUGUCGCCGGAAAACCACCCCAAGGGUUGUACGGAAAGUUCAGGCCAUUCAAUAACAGUUCAAUGAUGGAGUCGAGACGGACGACGAUGGAGCCAGUGAGAUUCCCAAUCACGAACGGGUCUUUGUUCACAAGUUUGGACGGCCGCAUACCUAUUGUCCACAACUACAGACGAGGAAAGUGCAUCACGAGAAGCACGAGUGGUAUGCUGAGCAACAAGUUCUCCGGGAUCAGCGAACACGGUGGUUCGCUGCUCAUCUCGAACAUGGUGUCGGUGGGUUCCUCGAUGGAACGGAAACCGCCCCUCCCCGUCGACCCCAGCGAGAAGCCCGAGCAGGACGGGCACCCUCACUCGCACCAGCCCACGCCCGAGCGAGGCGCCCACUCGCCCGAGGGCGCCUGCGGGGGCGCCGAUCGGGAUCGAGACAGGGACGCCCUACCGCAAACAGUCAAGCAACUCCGCGAGAAGCUCUUCCUCAAGGACCACAAGGACUUCUACGACUCCUCCGACGAGGAGCCUGUAUACGCAACGCUCUCUUCGCAGAGCAUCUGCUCAGCAACGACAGCAGCGAACGACGACUUCGAGUUCUUCCAGCACGACUCGAAGGAGGUGGAGCGAGCCAGCGGCGCGAGCACAGCGUCGGAGCCGCCGUUCAGCGCCCCGGAUCCACCGACCCCCGCCGCUGAGGAGUCGAGGGAUGCGCGGAGUGUAAAUAGUGAUAGUCAUAGUCGUAGGAGUAAGGAGCGCGAGCGCGGACGGGAGAGUCCGGCGGCGGGGCGACACCGGAAGGCGGCGGCCGCGCGGAAGACGGGCGAGCCGCGCUGGAGGGGCCACGCCCUGAGGGACUCGCAGCGGCACCGCCGGAGCAGGAGCCGGGAGGCCGCCCGCCGCCAGAAGAGCCGCCGCUCGCCCAUCGUCAAGCGGCGCCCCGUCACAGCCGCCCACUGGAGGCCGGCCAGCUCCAGGACCGAGCACCCCGGAUACAACCACCAGAGGCCAAGCCAGGAGCCCUGCCGGAUGAAGUCGACGUCCUUAAGCGUCCUCAACGAGCACGACCGAACCCUGUCCAGCGAGGAGGGCGCCCGCUCCAGCCCGCACCCCCACGCCCACCCUCACGCCCACCCUCACGCCCACCCGCACUCCAAGCCGGCCUACCACCGCUACCACCCGGGUGGGCGCCGCGUCCGGAUGCGCCACGGACACGGACACGGCCACCACCCCCGCGAGUUCCCACCCACCCCGCCCACGCCACGCCGCCUCGCGCCCAUCCUCUCCGUCGACUCCCUCGUGUCGGCGCUCAACGACACCGGCGUGUCCUACCUGGACAACGGCGAGGUCUUCAUCCACCCCAACAGCAGCAGCGUGCCGGACCUCAAGAAGAUCUUCAUCACGGAUUUCCUGUAGAGAAGCCCCAUCACUUAAAGUGAUAGCAAUCAUUGUCGGUCCAGAGGGCUGAUUUUUGAAUUUGAUAGAUAAAGCAAUAGACAGAGAAGACAUACUGAAAAUAAAGCGAUCCUAUUGGUGGAAGCAAGCGGUUGCAAUAGACAAAGGAGUUUAGUAUUAGACUAACCAAUGACAACUUAUGAAAGACUCUAUCGUUAGUCCAUCAUUUUCCAUCAUAGUCCAUAACAUCCACCCGUUUCAACCAAUAGGAUCUCUCCAUGUUCCAUAUGUCUUCUCUAUCUAUAGCUUUGUCUAUCAAUUCAAUGAUGAACCCGCAGGGCUAGUGACAUGUCGACUGAAUCCUCCAAGGGAGAAACAAUUUCAGAUGACUGAAACUGUAUUCAGAAAAAACCUCUUAGACACUUUUGAGUCAAGUUCAGCUGAAAGAACGAGUAUCGUGCCAAGAUUAGGUGGUACAGAUGUUUCUCUGGAUGCAACCCUCGUUGCAAUGAAUGUUGAAUAGCUUUUUUCAAGAUAUAUUUCGAAAAUGCUGAUAAUUUGUCCGUAAUUUUUAACUGCCUUUUAUAGAGACUUUAUCAUUUAAGAGCAAUAAUUGUUAAUAGUCGCUGCUGUGAGAGUAGUGUGAUAUGAAUUAAAGUGGAAUUGUCUCAAUAUUUAACGAUGAGAAGACGAGUUUCAUCAUAGCUCUCUUCUGCGACGAUUUGUUUUCCGCUCUGUUAAAUUUUUUUGCCGCCAUGAAGGACCAAGGGAGAUUUUUAUUCUGAAAUAGUUUGUUUAAACAGAUAACUGAACGUCAUUUAUUACUUACUGGUGGAGGCAUUCACUUCUACCUCAAGGGCAACUUUUAACAAAGCUCAUACUUACCUCUAAUAUUUGCAUUCCCGGUUGGUUUAGUACUAUCCAACUGGAGGGAGUUUGAUGUCUAUGUCAUAAGUUUCAUUAAAUUACAGUAGUUUGUAUGACAGUGAAGAAUCAUCUUGAUAAAGCGUCUAUAUUUAUAGAGUCAUUUAACGUACCUGAGUACUUCUGAGUAAAGUUUAAGAGAAUAACCUUUUUUGUGCAACGACUGAAGAGCUAAUCAGCACGUCUAACAUAUUAAACAGAUGAUGUUUAAAGGAAUUUGCUUCGGUUAUACUGUUUUAGAUGAUGGUGGUUAUGGGACGUAGUUGCAAAAAGCAAGGCAGAUUCAAAUAAAUGAGAAAUCACACAUUUUUUUAUGAAAUAAAAUUUUGGACGGUAAUAUACUUUACUUAUUUAUAUAAUGAAAAGUGUUAUUUUUGUCUCAGCUUGAGUGCACGGGCUAAAAAUGAAAAAUGAAAACAAACCCUGCUCAAAUCUAAUUGUCAGUGUUAAUUGCUAGAAUAUUUUUUCAUCAAAUACCAAAUAAUUCCUUUGGUUAUGAAAAAGAAAAACUCGUGUAAAGCUUCUUGUGUGUGUGUAAAAUGCAUAAUUAUCGUGGUUAUAAAAUCUGUGUUAGUCUUUUAAAUAAUACACAUUUUCCUUUUAAAACCUGAAGCAAAAGUUUUUGCUAGGUAUAAUUUAGAAAGUAAUUUCUUAAAGAAUUUAAUUGGAAGGAUUUUCUUGAAGGAUAAAAGUUAAAAAUUAUAUUAUCUACACCGAUUUAUUCUGGGGAAAAAGUUCAUCACCCUUGUGAAUUAUGUCACCCAGUAAAUAGGCGUGUGCUUAUAUGGAGGAAGAAUCCAUUCUCAGGAGAGAAAAAUUUAUAUUUCUCAUCUAAGCUUUAAGUUUGGGUCAAAAUUAAACUUCGUCUCAACUCGCCAAAUAAUUCAUCUAGUCUUUUGAGAAUCGUCUCUAAGAAGUCCUUGCUGAGCUAAAUGCUCGCAAAAAGAGGUCACUUUUUUUGUUUAUUGUAGAAGAAGCUCAUGAAAAGUCUCGCCAUUUUUUCUCAUUUUAUUAAGAGAACCCUUAAAAAGCGUAGACUGAAUUUACAAGAUGAACACUUAUAUGUAGAACUCCUUUUGAAUUCAUUCAUUAUCUUACUCUGAUAAAUGCACCGACGAAAAACAAGUAAAACAUUACAACAAAACAUCACUUUUUUGUAGCAUUUCACCUCUCUACAAUCUCGUUAGUCGUCACAUUUGUAAGAGGCGAUUCAAUCCACAUACUAAAUGACUUUUAAAGGACUAUGUUAGUCCUUAAUAUUUUGUUUGUACAGUUAACGUAGGCUCGUGUAAUUAAUUAUUAUCAAACUACUUAAAGUAAGUUAAGAUUAAGACUGUAUUCUUUGAAAGCCAAAAUAUACUAUACUUAAAAACAA